AUGAAGUUUCCAUUGUCCCGUGCACCGUUUGGCAAUUACCCGGCACUAUCGGAAGCACAAAGCCGCAAAAUUGAGUCAAUUGUUCAGCAAACUCUAUUAGAGACCGUAGGAGAAUACGAAGUACACCAACAAAAGAAGCGACGAGUUCUGCCUCGAUCUCACUACAAGGUUGUCAAAAAAGUUGAAAACCUCAUUUGCUACCGUCAACGGCUCGUCCAUGGCAACGCAAAUGAUGUUGUAUGGCGUAUCCCAAAAAUCGUGACGAUUGGAGUAAUGGUUGGUACAUUGGACGAUGUCAUGUAUGGAUUGCUUGCUACAGACGCAACGUCUACGUUUAUUCGGGCAUCGUAUACCAACGAGGAGCUGCUGGAUUCGGAGCUGCUGCACUGCAUUGAGUCUCCAACGAUCGAGACCCCAUUUCAAUUUUGUGGUGUCAAAUGGCACGUACUGGAACUGACCAAGAUUGCGACAAAACGCGACUUUGUGUUCGUCGAGGCAACAGGAAUUAUCGUUCGUCCGAAUGGUGAGCGCAUAGGUUAUCAUAUCAUGCACUCCGUGGACCUUCCAGAGCUCGGCGAACUAUCAGAGAAAUACCAGGUGCUACGAGCUCGUGUCGUGACUUGCAAUCUUUUUCGGCAGCUUUCUAACAACACAAUCGACGUGUACAUGACGGGCCUUGUCGACCCAAACGGACACAUGAUGGGUGCAGUUGCCACGACAGCUACAGUCCGACUUCUUCUGAGGCUUGGACAAGCUUUCGAGUGUUCGCAUAGCAAGAAACUCGAGUAUUUGCUCGAGCAGCAGCAAAAGAAGCGGGCUAAUCAUUUUAGCCGUAGUAAUGGCUUGGUCGCGUUCUCAAGACCAAACGAAGCACUAAAGCCUUGUGCCGUGUGCACGACCACAUUGCACAUGUUCCGCAGCGUUGCUCGCUGUGAGCUCUGCUCUGAAGCAGUUUGUUCUCGGUGCCGUGUUACUAGGCGUUUGAGCUACCGAGUUGCGCGCCCGAAGGAGCUUAAGCAGCAAAACACUAUCUUUUGCACAGCGUGUGUGGCAAAAGGCUCCAUUUACAGCGCUGUUAGUGUUGCUCGUGCCGAACUGCAACUACAGUCAUCGUUCCGUAAGAUUGCGUCAAUCCGAACGAACAACUUGGUCUCUACUCAACUGCGCCGAUUCCUGAUAAGCUCGAGUAUAUCUAGCAACACCACAGCGUUAUCUUCAUCGACCUACUCGCGUUUUGAGACGCCAGUGGAGACAGAUGAGAAUCUGUUGAAUCUAACUACUCGACAAAGGAAUCGGAGUUCUGACGACUUGAACGUGCCAGCUCGGAAACGGUCACUGACCCACCCGCCCGUGGCGAAUGACAAGGCAGAGAUGGAGAAGCUGACUGAACUAGAUUUGUGUGACAGCAUCAGCAUGGUCAGUUCCAGCAGCGAUUACAUGGACGAGGAGUUCGACGAAAAUGACGUAGAUACAAGGCAAAUCCACACGUUCUCGGAUCUACCCGAAUUUGAUUCAGCGGACAAGCUCGCAAUUUCAAUGCCAAUGAAGCCUUACACGUCCGAGUCAGAAAGCCACGAGCGACGUCAGCGCGAGCUCAUGCGACGCAUGGUAGAGUUGCGACAGAAUGCUGAAAGCGUGUAUCAGCUUACACAGAGGAACACGCAGUCAAUGUGGUGCAGCGGUGUGCCAUCAAUAUCGCAGUCGGUCUACCUUACAAACAGUGUUUUGGACAUUGACCUGGACUGA